AUGGACACAUUUAAUAUACCAAAUGAGAUUCUAUUGCUCAUCGGAGAAUGUUUAGAGUACGAGAGCGACCUAAACGCAUUGUGCACUGUUAACCGCCGAUUCUUCGAGCUGUUCAACCCUAUUCUUUAUAAGCGUUUAACAGAACACGUGCACAGCGAUGUUGGCUCCACAGCUCUCGAAUGGGCGGCAGAAAACAACAAAACAGAUUGUAUGCGCAAGAUUUUUGACGCCGGUGUACCGCCAGAUAUGGCUUUUGUCGAGAGUUGCUGGGCACCGAUUAUCCUUGCAGUCCGCGCUGGACACCUGGACACAGUGAAACUUCUGAUAGAGCGUGGAGUAGAUCCAAAUCCCGUUUAUGGCUUCUAUAAAGAUGAUCUCGAUCCCUUCACUCUCCGCACAUCUUGGGAUCCUGAACAUGCGUGGAAUCCGCUCCUGGAAGCGGUUUUCCGUGGCCAAACGGCGAUAGUCGAACUUCUCGUCAGCCACGGAGUUGACCUAGAAUUCGAUAGCGAACUAUUUCAAGUCGAUCAGCCUUUGAUUCUAGCAACCAGCGGCUGUCACUUGCCUAUAAUUCGUCUUCUUCUAGAAAACGGCUGUAGCCCGUAUCUCUUCAAUCCAGCCAUGGCAAAUACGAUCGAAGAAGUCAGGCCGAAUGCGAUCAGAGCGGCCGCAUCAAGCACACUGGAGAUUUUGAAAAUAUUUCUUGAAGCCGGAGCUGAUCCUAGACUUAACGUAGGCUACGGCUCCAGCACCCUCACCUGUGCUAUCAACGGUGGCAAUCUGGCUAUUGUUAAGUUCCUUCUGGAUUGGGGCAUUGACCCCGAUGCUCCAACAGAACUUGGCCUUCAUCGUGCCUUCUUUUAUGCCUCGCAUACAAACCGUGAUAUCUCUGCGCUAUUUCUAACAAGAAUUGACACACACCGAACGAUUAACUAUGGUACUCAUAGUAACUUUCGAUUUCUCCUAGAAGGUGCAGGAGCAGGUGGGUGGGAGGACUUGAUCGAGCGGAUUUUAGAUAGGGGACGAGGCCCAGAUGGUGCUGGAGAAGGGUUCUGGAUCGAUUCCUUGCAAUCGGCAUUUGAUUAUGCGGUACAGCAUAAUCGUUUGCGAAUCGUGGAAAUGCUGUUAGAUCAUGGAGCCCGUCCAGAUGGUCUAGAUUUCUCCGAACCAUAUUCUACGACUACCGCCAUACGAAAAGGGAAUAGUGAGAUUUUGGCAUUGCUUCUAGAUCGUGGUGCCAACAUAGACUACGUCGCGUGGGAUGAACCUUACUUACAGACCGCCAUUUCCACGGGAAACGUUGAUCUGGUAAAGGUACUCCUUGAGAAGAAGUAUCAAUCAAAAUUUGCAACCAUAUCCAAUCUCUCAAAAAUGAUGAUCACAGCAGUCAAAGGUGGCGAGGCAGUGUUCAAGCUUUUGUUGGAGCAAGGAGUUUCACUUGAUCCUCAAAACAAGACCCAUCAUCAGGCAUUUAUCACUGCCGCCAAGCAGGCAAAGCUCACAGCAUUGAAAGCCUUCCUAGAUGCAGGUUUCAGUCCUGAAAUUCGCGAUACAAUAGAAGGAAAUGGUCACCAGAGCCUCCUGUGCCUCGCGUUAGUUGCGAUUGACGCCGAAGCCGCACUCUCGGCGGCAGAGCUCCUUCUAAAUUAUGGGGCUGAUAUUGAGGCUCGAGACCCUCUGACUGAUGAAACACCUCUUCUAUAUAUGGUGGGAAGAAAGGGAAGCCCCAUUAAUUAUCAGGCUCGUUUGCGAGCGACUCGAAUCUUACUUGAAAAGGGGGCUAAUCCUUUCUUCAUAAAUAACCGCGAUCAGAACCCAUUGACAAAGGCCGCGGAAAAAGGAAAUUUGGAGAUGGUGAAACUUUUGCUUGAGUUCUUCGAUACGAAAGAGAUUUCUUUGGAGAUUGUUAAGCCACUCAUUCGGAAAGGAGUAUCUUUUGAACACUGGCGGGUUGCGAAAACAAUAUGGAACUGGUAUUGCCGCCGGCUAUACCCCUCGCCUUAG